CGUGACUUGAAGUCAACUUAGUUUGUCAAACUGCCGUCAGGAACCUGAGACCUCCCGCUGGACGUGGCAUGAAGAUGCUGGUCAGGUCAGUCAGGUGCCAGUUGAAGCUGUCAGUUCCGGCGUGUCAGGUUGGCACUGUCACUCUGUUUAAUUACGUCAUCAGUGAUACACAUCGUGACGUCACACAAGUGCUCACCCACAUUGUUUGAUGACCACAGGGAUCCUCAAGGGUGCGGACACCCGGCAGGUAGGCGUCCCCGCUGUGACCAUCGCCACAUCCGUCAAAGUGUCGACCAAUGAACGCACACACAGGCCACGCCUAUCCAGGAUGAUAAGAGUUCCGUUUGAGGGGUGCCGUAAGAAAACACUGAAAUGCAUCAAUAGCCGGCCUUUCCUCAUCACAAUCUGUGUUCUAGUCGUCGUCGAGUGCGCAUGCGUGCUGGCUGAACUAAUGGUGGACCUGCAGGGCAUCAAGUUUCGAUUUGAGAAUGAGGAGAACGAGAUCAACAGAUUCGUCCUUCACCUUCGUGAGAAGUUCCCAGAAGCCUUUGCCAACGAGGACAUGAGGUCAAUGUCCGAUGUGAUCAAUGUCCUAGAGCAGUCCUUUAUAUUCAGGACCAAAAAUGACCUUCUGACCUCUCCUGACUGCGCCCCCUGUGUCUGCACCAGCAACACAACAGCGGCGUCAGCAAAAAUGGCGGCCGGCGUCAUGGCGGCCACACCCUCGUUGGACGCACUAGACACAAGAAACAUAACGGCACUCCCGGGUUUCGAACCACAGCACACAGAACCCUUGUCUUUCACGGCUGAUGCCGUCUCGUCAUCGCUAAAAUCAUCAACCCCUUCUUCAUCGCUCCAGCCUUCAUCUUGGCUUCACACCUCCCCAGAUAGCCACCUCCCGACCCCCACAACGGCACCCCCACAUUCUGUGUUAUUAACCACAGAGUCAACCCCUCCGUUUGAUCCCCCCGCCUCCCCCACUCCACGCACCACGCCUAAUCCAUUCCUGUCCACGCCAGCGGAUGCAAUUGUUUCGUCACUUGACUCAAGCCUGGCGUUAUUGAACACCAGUCGGGCCCCACCCCCGGGCGGCGCGCGCGAGAAGAGAGCCGCACUUGUUGCGGGUGAAGAGCCACUCCCAGGUAAUCCAGUUAGUUCCAGACCUGUGGCCGCCCUAAUAGUCUCCGUCACGUGGUCAAACCUCCACUCUUUCCUAGCAAACACCAAAAAUACCGUGUCGCAAUUUGUACGAUUAUUUAGCCUUAAAAACGAAAAAGACAACGAAUUGGCCCGUGACUUUGCGGGAUAUUCUACUAGUACGGUCUUGGAUACGAGAUUAAAACCACAGAUAGGAAAUGUUUCGUAUUCGUUGAGUUUGUUCAGAUCUGAGAAUGUUCCAGAAAUAGUGCCCCAUAAAUCUGGCGCCCGGGGGCAGGGGGUCGGGAGGGAGAUACGAGAGGUGUCAUACAAUCGAUUACCGGGAGAUACAGGAUUAAGUAUCGAUCCACUGGUAUCGAGUACAAAGGCGGACGUAAUCUCGGGCCAGCUAACAACUUCAAGGAGAGGUGAAGGUCACAGGGCAAGGUCACAGCCAUCGUAUUUUCAGGUGACGGGGCGGGAGCAGAGGCGGAAACGUGCGGUGGGCGGGGCCACUGGAUCCGCCCCUCAGACGUCAGCUGUCUCACAAAGCAUUAGCCGCACAAACACACUAGCUACGUCAUUUCCCAUCACACCUACAUCACCAUUUUCAUCGUGGUCAGCCCAAAACACACUGACGACCACGACGCUUCAAAACCCCGCCCACUUUUCACCAGCCACCAACCAACCAACCAUCGUGGAAGCCACCGCAACCAAUCAUUUCACGGAACCCAUUAACCCGACAUUAACACUGACGUCACCGGAUGUACAAACUAAUUCCCCGCCUGUUCAGGCAGCCCGUGCGGAUUUGGGAUUAAACACCUUAUCCGGAUUAACCCCCGGCCCCCAGACGAUUUCACCCUCGACUGACUCGCGGGUGUCUGACGUCACGAAGACGACCAGCGCGAGCCCGAGGAAGCCCGUGACCCUGGAGGACAUUUUUGUCCUGCAGGUCAACAACAUCAUCGACAGCUUCUUCCUGGUGGCGGAGUUCGUGCCCAGCCACGCGGACGGUAACGGCACCAAGUACCUACAGUACGUGGACGAGUACUCCAAGGUCUACAAGUCUAGCAAGGCCCUGCACUUCGUCAGUCUCUCCAUCCUCUCUGUCAUGGUGCUCGAGACAGCCAUCAAGUUGUUUUGUACAGGCUGCGCGUUCUUGAAGAAGAGAUUUGAGGUGUUUGAUGCCUUUAUCGUGGUGUCCUCCUUCGCCCUGGACUUUGUGUUUCUGGACAGCCGAUGGUACGAGACCGGCAAGGACGCCACGACCAUUCUGGUACUGCUCCUGCCCUGGAGGGUCGUCCGUAUCGUCAACAGUUUCCUGAUGACGAUGAAGCACAAGCACCACAUCCAGAUGAUGAACAUGAAGAGAGCCAGGAAGAAGGCGGAGCUUAAGGCAGCCAAGCUGCAGACGUUGUUGUCUGAGAUCAGGAAAGAUGUCCAGCUAUUGGUUGCUUUGUGCAGGUCACAUGACGUGGAGGAGAAGGAUAUCACAGCGUGCUUGUACGGCAAGGGGCGACGGAGCGUGACGCUGAGUGCCAUGUCCACCUGCACGUCCCUCAUGCUCAUCUCCACCCUGGGCAAGGACGCCAUCCAGGAGGACGACAUCUACGGGAAGGUGUUUAAAGAAGCCUUGAACGAAGGGGACAGCACUGAGCUCAACUCAGAGAUCCAGCAGGCAGAGGAGGCCGCCAUUGAUGCCGCCAUAGAGCUCGAUGAGCAGAUCGAGGCCAGGCGGAAGUCCAAGAAAUACAAGAGCAAGAAAACUCGAGUCAAGCGAAGCUACACCGUCCCGAGGCGAACGGCCAGCGUGGAGAUACCCGAGCCUGAUAUUAACGAAAACAACAGCAACAUUUAUUACAUUAAUGACGGGUUUUUAACAGCACAAGCUACCUCCCCUAGAAACGGCACCGAGUUUUCUACCCUCGCUGGGGCACUUGCCGGCUGCAGUACUGUGGCCGAGGAAGACGAGCAGCACCACCCGAACCACGGCGGCGCGUCAGCGUUGCCUAGGCGACAGAAAUAUCAGAGCACCGCCUCGUUACGGAGCCUGCCGUUAAGGAAGGGAAGUCGCUCCAACAGUAUGGUGAUCUACAUGCCCGAGUUCGAUGAGCCAAUAGAGAUCCCAAUCAAAAACCAAAAGAAACGGAAGAGUUCCGUGCACUUUGACUCGAACGUUUGAGGUCACAACACAAGUGACGUAUCUGUGACGUCACAAGGCGCAUGCGUCACACUACCAACUGACCAAUCAGAACAACAGAACAGCCGAGAACCAGCGGACCAACCAACCAGAAGCAUUUGAUUUUGUUUACAUAUGUGUUGGUCCUACCCAUAAAUUAGACCUUGUGGCCCAAUAGUUUUAGCUACUGUCUGGGUAUUUAGGCCUUAGAUGGAACUAGGCAUCUUAUAGGGAUAUAUCUAGAUAAGUGGCGUUGGCAGGAGGGUGUUAGGGGUUAAAGCACCC